UGAACCUUCUCACUAUAAAACUGGAAGAUAUUUUUCGCACUCUCGAUUUCACUUGGUGCUUAAACCCUAGCCGCUCCUUUAGUUAGUUUUCGAUUUUCUUCUCAAAGUUAUAAAUGGCAUUCUGUAACAAACUUGGGAGCCUGGUGAGGCAGAGCUUUCCUCGGAGUGGCCAAUUUGAAAUGGCUUCUAUGUUGAAUUCUAUUCGGUGCAUGUCAUCAAGCAAGCUUUUCGUGGGAGGUCUUUCAUAUGGAACUGAUGACCAGUCUCUGAAGGAUGCGUUUUCUGGGUUCGGUGAAGUGGUUAGUGCAAGGGUUAUCACUGAUAGAGAUUCUGGAAGGUCAAGGGGAUUUGGGUUUGUUGACUUCUCAAGCAAUGAGUCUGCAAGUUCAGCGUUGUCAGCAAUGGAUGGCCAGGAAUUACAAGGACGGAAUAUUCGAGUGAGUUAUGCCCAGGAAAGUGAUCGUGGUCCCCGAUCUUUCAACAACAAUUUUCGCGGGAAUAGAAGGUUUAACAAUGAAGAUGGUUUCUAAGAAGUAGUCACUGUUGAUGGAAUGCUCCUGUAGCUAGUUAUUAUUGGUUCAGAAUAUGCUUCUCUUAUCUAUUUUAAUUGUAUUUGCUCAACUCAUGCGUUCUUACAGCCUUUUCUGUGGUCGUUGUCUAUUAUAUAUUAGCUUGGUAAGCCUAAAUCUGGAGAUCUGCAUUUGUUGUUUUGCAUGCUCUACCGGGCAGCCGUCUUUGUUUAAAUGGUCCAUUGGAGGGAAUUUGUAAUGAUUUGGGCUUGCAAAUGUUAGAAGGCUGUUAAAAGCAAGUGGAGAUUUCUUUUGCAGCCUUUGGGAAAUAAAUGGUUUUUGCUA